AUGGCUCAACGAAGUCAACCGAAUCAACACAGCCCUCAAAGGCAGCAAUUGCAAGACGGCGGGCAAGCGGCCACCUCAGGUGGACACGGGGCAACGGAAGAGCUACACACCAGUUUCAGCACGCCACCGCAAGUGCAGGCGUGCCGCCGCUUCACUCUGCAAGAGCUCGCACAAGCCACGGGAGGGUGGGCAGCGCAGAGCAGGAUAGGCACGGGGCGCAGUGGGGAUAAGUACAGGGGGGUGCAGCCGCUACCGGCUGGUGCUCAGGGGAGAGACGGGGGAGAUGGGAGAGAUGGGAGAGAUGGGGGAGAUGGGGGCGUGGUGUGGGCCGUGAAACGUGCAAGGGUGGGGCGGGUGCGACCAGAUGAUUUCCAAAAAGAGCGCCCCUUCCAUCCGCCUCCACCUCCCCCUUCGUUCUCCAUCACUCCUUCUGUCUCUCUCAAAAUCCCUCCCUCCGCCCUCCCCCGCCUUUCCCCCUUCUCUCAGAUGAAGCAGAUUGGUUCAAAGCACCACGCGCAUCUGGUGCGGCUGGUGGGUUUCUGUGCGGAGGAGGACGCUGUGACAGGGACGAGGGAGCACAUUCUGGUCUAUGAGUUCAUGCCUAACGGCAACCUCACUCGCUGGAUAGGCCCAUGUGCAGCGGUGCAGCUGACUCUCCAGCAGCACAUGGACGUGUUAAUCGGCGUGGCACAGGCGGUGCAGUACCUGCACGCCUUCUCUCCCUCGUGCACGCUCACAUCCACUGCCUUCCACAUGCUCACCCCUGCCCUCUCCCCCAGAGACCCCUUCGCCAGGGAGAAUGGCACAAGGGACGACUGUACUACAGAGAAUGGCACCAAGGAUUGUGUGAGGGAUGGUUCGAGAGAUGGCGUGAGGGAUGGAAGAAGAAAUGGCGCAGGGGUGCAGGCGGGGAGGCAAGACGCAGAGAGACGAGACGUCAGGGGGGCUGAGAAGGUGGAUGGGAGAGGUCAUGGGGUUCGAGACAGGCAGGGUUGCAAUAAUAUCAGCGGUGUUGGCACUGGCGCUGGCGCCGGCGGUGGCGGCGGCACUGGUGGUGGUGCUGCUGGUGGGGGUGCGGGACAUGUGUGGAGUGCGGGAGGGGACGCAUCAGGGUACAUGGACCCAGAGUUUCUCCACACGCACCGGCUGUCGCCUGCCGUUGAUGUAUACAGCGUUGGAGUGCUCGCCCUCAUGCUGCUCACAGCACGCACUGCCACCGCCGCGCAUCAACACGGCGACAACGACAAAGGCUUGGACGGAACCCGGGACAGACAUUUAGACAGACACGUCGAUGGACACGCAGACAGACGACACACGGGUGAACAAGCACACGCAGACAAAAGAGCCACGCUUAUACACUGGGUCGCCUCUCUCCUCCCCGCCCAAAACCCCGCAACCUUCACCGACCCCUACCUCUUAUCCCCCUCCUCCUCCUCCCCACCUCCCAACCCCGGCUCGCUCCUCCGACUAGCAACCCUCGCGCUCUCCUGCACGGCCCUUCCGUCAUCCUCGCGCCCCUCCGUAAACCGGCUCCUUUUCGAGCUUACAGAGAUUCGGGAGGAGCUGUUUGGAGCGGCGAGGAGUGAGGCGUUGGAGCGAGUGGACAGGGAGGUAGCGGACAUGCAAGGGGGGGAUUUUUUUGCGGAGAUGGCCCGAGCGGAAUCCCUGGCCGGAGCGAGUGUGAGCGGAGGGAUGGGGGUUUCAUGGGCCGUGACGAGUGUCAGUGGAGGGGCGGGGGUGAGUGGGGCGGUGAGUGGGGGGUGGAGUGGAGGGGUGAGUGGGGGGGUGAGUGGGGGGGUGAAUGGGGCGCUAGAGCGAGUGGACAGGGAGGUGGCGGACAUGCAAGGGGGGGACUUUCUCGCGGAGAUGACCCGAGCGGAAUUUCUGGCGUCGGGAGCGAGCGUGAGCGGAGGGAUGAGCGGAGCGACCGGGACUUCCUGGGUCGUGGCGAGCGUGAGUGGAGGAGGGGCGGUGAGUGGGGGGUGGAGAGGGGGGGGUGAUUGGGGGGGUGAGUGGUGGGGUGAGUCAGGGGGUGAGUGGAGGGUGAGGGAGGGGAACUGCAGGGGUGAGUGGUGUGGGUGGGCAGCAGUAGGUGGUGUGCGGUGGAGGGAGGGAGAGGUUGGAGUGCGGCAGGAUAGGUGGCAGUGUGUAGAUGGCGAUUGUGGAGGGUAG